GAAAUCUAGGGAAUAAUUGAAUAAUUCCGAUCGGAAUCCAUUCCGAUUAUUUCCAAUAGGUACCAAUAGGUACCGGCCCGGCAAUGAGAGGCAAAAACGUCCAUUGAUGUCAUGUUAUAAAUAACGCAGUGUUCAAUAAUACGUGCGUGAAUUUACAAAUAAUGGCAGAUGCUUUUUUCAGCCAGAUUUGUGCAAAAACGCAUCUAAUGGGUCUAAUUUUGUCAUUGAUUCCAAGAAUACAAGAACGAUAAUGAUUUUGUGAACGACUGCAUAUGAAACAAAGUAAAAUUUACUAAAAGGUUGAACAAUUUUCAAAAAGGAACUUUAGUAAUACAACAGUAUAAAAUGUUUGCCGGCAGUAGAAUUGUGCUUAGCCGCAUAAAUGUCAUCGUGACAAGAUACCAUACAUGGCCAUUGAUAAGUAAUCUAUCUAAAGUAAAUUUUCUGCUAAAGGAACAAUCUGCUAUUUCAAUGGCUUGUGUGCACAAUUUAGUUAUUAACAAAUCAGUGCCGUUGAGAAAGGAACCAGUGUCACCAGUCAAUAGAUAUGUUCAGAGAACACACACAUGUGGUGAGCUGUCACUGAAGAAUGUUGGAGAGGAAGUGAGAUUAAGCGGUUGGCUGGAAUUCCAGAGAAUGAGGAAAUUUAUAACUUUACGAGAUUCCUAUGGAUCAACGCAGUUACUUAUACCCGAAGAUAGAAAGGAUUUGAUAGAAACUAUACAGAAUUCGUCUUUUGAAAGUGUUUUGAGCAUAAUAGGCAAAGUUGUAUCAAGACCUGAAGAUAAGCAGAAUAAGAAAAUGAAAACAGGCGACAUAGAGGUAUAUGUUGAGUCUCUGGAGGUUCUAAAUGCAGCAUCGCAGAAUCCCCCGGUGUUCAUUAGAGAGUACAGUAAAGCCAAAGAGAGUCAGCAAAUGAAAUAUAGGUAUCUGUCACUGAGAUACCCUGAACUGCAAAAGAAUUUAAGGAUACGUUCCUCCCUUUUAAUGAGAAUGAGAGAAUUCUUGAUCCAUGAAUGCAGUUUUGUGGACAUUGAGACGCCAACAUUAUUUAAAAGUACACCAGGGGGUGCACAAGAAUUUAUAGUGCCUACGAGACAACCAGGUAACUUCUACUCGUUAGUACAGAGUCCUCAACAAUUCAAGCAGCUUCUCAUGGUAGGUGGCCUCGAUAGAUACUUUCAAAUUGCUCGAUGUUAUCGAGACGAAACUGUUAGGCAUGAUAGACAGCCAGAGUUUACACAGCUAGACAUUGAAAUGUCGUUUGUUGACCGGGACGGAGUGAUGAGUUUAAUCGAAAAUUUAUUAAUGUAUUCAUGGCCAGAAGAAUUGGGUUCCAUAAAAGUACCUUUUAAGCUUAUAACUUAUAAAGACGCAAUGGAGUUGUAUGGUACUGACAAACCGGACUUAAGAAUAUCAUAUCAAAUACAAGACCUCACACAUAUGUUUGAUCUUCCAGUAUUAAAGGAAACUAUGAAGCUGGAAGGUGAUAAACAAAAAGUGUACGCUUUAGUUUUUCCAAAGAAAUAUAAGUACUUAACAAAAUCUAUCAGAGAUGAACUCUCCAAGAUUCGUAGCGAUUAUUUUGAUACUACAAAGCUAGUUCAAUUAAAAAUUGAAAGCAAUUCAUGGAAGACACAGUUAGAUAAGCUAAAACUGAAAUCAGGAAUUGUAGCGAAAGACGUAUCACAGUACAGCAAGUUACAGGAAGGGGAUGCAGUAUUGCUGGCAAUUGGACACCAAAUGGAUGCAUUGAAACUCUUAGGAAAGCUACGUACCGAAUUUACAAAUAUACUAGAAGCCAAAGGCGAACAAAUACGUUCGUCCGAGGCUGAACUUGUAUGGAUCACGGACUUUCCGUUAUUCACAUUCGAAGAAAUACUGGAAUCGUCGCAUCAUCCAUUUACGCAACCUCAUCCAGAGGACAUGGAAUAUCUUACAACCGACCCUUUAAAGGUGAGAGGCUUACAUUACGAUUUAGUGAUGAAUGGAUCGGAAAUAGCGGGAGGUUCCAUUCGAAUUCACGAUGCGAAUUUACAGAAGCAAAUAUUGGGAAUGUUAAACAUAGACGAAACAAAAUUGUCGCACAUGCUCGAGGCAUUGACAUACGGAGCUCCACCUCAUGGUGGAAUAGCUAUAGGACUGGAUCGUUUCGUCUGCGUACUUCGUAACGAAAAAAGUAUAAAGAACGUCAUAGCUUUCCCGAAAACGAUGGAAGGACGAGAUUUAAUGUCCGGAGCGCCAGACGUUAUUUCAGACGAGUUGAAAACUUUGUACCACAUACAAACGGUGUAUUUUCGCAACAACUAGCGCGACGAAAUUCUACAGUAAUUUUCUCGAACACAAUCGGGCAAAACGGU